CAGCAGACUGAAGUAAAAGAAGAAACAAUUGUUUCAUGUUAAAUCAGACAUUAGAUUUGUAGAUUUACUUUCAUUCUAGUUUUUGAAAACAUUUAUGUGCAAAUAAUUUCAUAGUAUUACGUAAGGUUUAAUAAAUAUUUUAAACACUGUUCAGUUUUAAUUUGAAUACUGUGGUAUAUUAUCUACUUAAAAGCUUUUUGGGAUCAAUGACUUCUCAAAAGUAUGAAAGAAUCCUGAGACAAAAAAUUGAGAGCCGCUCAGCUGGGAAAGAUAUUUAUACAAAAAAUAAGCAGAGAUUUUGCCCAGGAGGUAACAUGUUUGAUAAUAAUCCUUUUCUCUAUUUUUUUCCCCUCAGUUACUGAGGUUGAGCCGAGGGCCUUCGCGCAGAGCUACAGCCUCGGCCCUUUUAUUCUGAAACAGGACUCAAUAAAUCUCUAUGUUGCCCACGUUGGGCUCGAAUUUGCGAUCCUCCUGCUUCAAUUUCUGAUAAAACUUUUAUUAAUGUUGGCCUAAGGGUGACCCUUUGGCCCGCCUCGCCUCUGAGAGCGCCCAGGUACCCAUUGUGACGCCGGCCGCAGUUCGGGGCCCGGCCCUGUGCCAGGGUCUGCUCAGAGUGCCGGGAGCCAUGGCCGAGGCGCAGGAGCAGCGGCUGCAGCUGCAGAAGGACAACCGUGACGGCCGCCUGCGGAAGCAAGAGCUAGAGGAGCUGGUGCGCGGGCUGGAGGCCGAGAGCGAGAGCCUCGCCGGACGCCUGCACGAACUGCGCGAGCAGGAGCGCAGCCUACAGCGGAGGCGAAGUCAAGCGGCACCAGCCCUAAGAGCGGAGGCGCGCGAGGCGGUGAGGGAGCGCGCGGAGAGGGUGCAGAAACAGCUGGAGGCUGCGGAAAGGCGCAAAAUGGAGCUGGAGCAAUGCAACCGGCAACUGCAGGAACAGUGGGAGGAGCUGUCAAGUCAGGUACCGCAAGGAUGGGACGGUCUCUCUCUGGGUUCCUCGCGGAGGUUCCGCUCUGGUCCCAGUCCCCUAAUACCCUUCUUUAGAACCAGUACACACCCCCCCUCACAAGCCCCUCCUCCAGCUCUUUUACUAUGGCGGGGAACAACUGAGUCAGCAGCGCGCAGAGCAGCAAGUGGGGACCCACCUGGUGGAGCUGCAGAAACAGCUGGAGCUGGUGGAGGCCAAGCACGCCAUGCAGGCGGAGGGCCUGCGGCAGGUGCGAGUGGACUCGGGACCCUGGGGAGGGGCGCCUUCAGGUGUGAAGGAGCCUGGACAGUGCAGGCGGGUAGGGAGCGGUGUGUCCCCUGGAGUCUGAUCGAGGCUCCGGUACCCCAGGACUCGCAGCGGACGGAGGAGGCGUGGGUCAGCUUCCAGGAGCAGAGCGGAGUCCUACAGGAGCUGCAGGGGAAGGUGAUGGAGGCGGCGGCUGCGCUGGACGCCUGGCGGGGCGGCUCGGAAACGUGGGAUUCGCGGUCUCUCCAGGUGCAGGACUGCGCGGGCUCACUUAUGGAGGAGGUGGCCAGGGCGGACUGCGAGAAGCGGCUGUUUGGCGGCGUGGGCUCGGGGCGUCUCAGUCUGCAGGCUGUGGGCUUUGCGCACGCUGCAGACCCUGGUGCUGCGCCCGCUCGGCUUCUUGGUGGUGCCGCUGCUCUACUUGGUGCUGGUAAAGCCUGAUGCCAUCCGCCAGGGACUCGCGCGCCUCCGGUCGGAUGCCACCUUCCGCCGCCUGCGUUACACGCUGUCCCCACUGCUCGAGUUGCGCGCGCGCGGGUUGCUGCCUGCCUAGAGCGCAUCACGCCGGCCUUGGCCGUCUGCACUUCUGUCUCCUGUGUGGUUCCUGGUGCGCCUGGGUUGAGACGGCUGAGGGUGUGUACCUCACGUGACCACCCUGACUAGCCAGGGCACUUUGGUUCAGUGGGUGCCGGUCCUUCCCACCGGACCUUAGGCCUUGGGAAAUGUCUAGGGCCGGCCUUUCCCAUAGCCUCCUGCUGCUUUGUUUUGUUAUGUUUGCUUGUUUUUUUUAGCCUCCCACUGUUUUAGCCUCACCCAUCUCUGGCACUAGUCGGCAAACUCACUGAACUCGUUUGCCCCUGGCCUGAGCCUUGGGGAGGUGGAGGCCCUGCUGAGUCAGGUUUUCCCAUGGAUUCAGUGAUUCUUCUUGCACAGCUGCGUGUGAUCGUUCAGAUCCUUGUAGCCUCAUUUUCUCUGGGUGGGCUCCCCAUCCCUGUGAACCCCGGGUGCCUGCCUCUGUUUUCUCUCUUACUAGGGCACCUGAUCACUGCCAGCAGUGAGCACUCAGGACUUCGGGCUCUGUGGGUAAUUUUCUUUUUAUUUAAGAGAAGUGUUCUUCAUGGAAAUGAACUUUGGGUUUUAUUUUGUCUGAUGCAGCUCUGCUUAUUUUGCAGUAGUGAAAUGGUGAAAUCACUUGAUGUAUCUCUGUCCAUACGCACAGGUUUUUACAAUGAUGUCUAAACUUUUUUUUUUUUUUUCUUUAGUGGUGGUGAUGGUAGUGGUACUGUGGUACUGGGGAUUGAAUGCUGGCUUUCACACAGAGUUAGGUCCCUAGCUGAAAUAGGGUACCAAUACCCUCACCCUAAUCUUUUUCAUUUUCAUCGCUAGGCAUGUUUUAGGUUUUUUGGUUAAAAAUUUUAUGUAAUUUUUAUAUCAAAUUUAAAAAUUGUGCUUUGAGACCUAGAGAAUUCAUUCUUGCCUGGAAGUCAUAAAGACAUGACAUUUUUCCCUAAAAUCUGAUUCUCCUUCCCCUUUCCCAUUUUGGCAGUAGUACUGGAUAUUGAACACAGGGCCCUUGUGCAUCUCAAGUCCUUCUUAUUUUGAGACAGGAUCUCACUAAGUUGCCCCAGCUGAGCUCAAACUUGCAAUCCUUUUGUCUUAAAUUUUCAAAUAGCUUGGGUUACGGGCGUGCAAUGCCUCCCCUGCCUCCCCUCUCCCAUGCACAGUUUGUGACCAUGGUGUGAUAGAAAAUUUGGAGACAAAACUUAGUUCAAUCACUGAGAGCUCAGAGGGGCCAUCUCAAGCCAGAACAGACUCCCAGAAGAUGCUCCAAAGGUAAGGCUUUUUAGAAUAUCAGUGUAAGAGGGAAGAAAGCCAAAGAAAAGCAAUUUGGGCAAGGCUAGGCUGUUUUCCUGGGAAAAGGGGAAGAACAAUAUGCCAGACAUGACACACUUCACUAACUGUCAUAUGCGUCACUCCUCACAGAGCCUGUGUGUUUUUUUAUACUACUCUUUGACCAAAUCCCUUGCCAGCCCCUCCACUUUCUUUUGAGAUGGAAUCUCCUGUGUUGCCCAGGCCGGUCUUGAAUUCCUGGAUUCAAGUGAUCUCUGUGCCUCAGCCUCUGUAGUAGUUGAGACUACAGGCCUGGGCUUCCACACUAGAUUUCUUCUAAAUACUUUUAUUUUCUUUUUAAAUUUUCUUCUUCUUUUUGUUCUUUUUUUCUUUUAAAUACUUUUAAGGAUGUACUUAGACCACUGACAAAGUGACUAUGGGUAGAGGUGGAUUUAUAGCUAUCAUAUUUGUGAAUGUUCUAUUUAUUGCUUUUAUUAUUCAUUCUUAUUUUUUUCUGCCUUUUGUGCUUUUAAGUGAACAUUUUAUGACUCCAUUUUCUUUCCUUAGCAUAUAAAUUAUACUUUUUGGGGCAAUACUGGAGAGAGUGAACCCAGGGGCCUCAGCCAUGCUAGGAAAGUAGUGCUCUACCACUGCAGUACAUCCAGGCUUUUAAAGAAAUAUUAAUUUGAGACAUGGUCUCACUGAAUUGCCUAAGCUGAUCUUGAAUUUGCCGAGAAAAGAAGCUGGGAUUACAGGCAUGGCUAUACCUUUUUUUUUUGUAACCAUUUUUAGAAAGUGGUCCUGGGGCUGGGGAUUUAGCUCAGUGGCAUAAGUGCCUGCUUUGCAAGUGUGCGGUCCUGAGUUCUGAAAGAGUUGCUGGCCCAGAUGGAACACUGUAACCAGAAAAGGCUGCAGCUAAACUCUUCCCCCUCUUCCCCCUAUGGACUUGAUUGUAACCCUAUAUCCCCAUCCUUAAGAACCUGUGCGCCAAUGAGAUACCUGUGCAUCUCUAAUGGCCUUAGGGCGCUGCCCUAAGCUUAGGCUAUUUAGAUUCCCCCACGCCACGUGUCCAAGAGAGUUCGCCAGAAAGAGAGUUCGCCAGAGAGAGAUCGCCGGAUUCCAGCAGCCAGCGCGCCAGUCUCCUCUCCCCGUGUUAACCACGCCCGGCCCUGGGUGCAGUGGAGGCUGCGCCCGGGGCUGGCGGAGGGGGGCCUCCCCCCCGCAUUUCCCAAAUAAAGCCACCUGCUGCCCACUA